AUGGCUUCCAACCCCGUCAUGCCCAAGCUCGACGACUCCGCCUCGGACGCCUCGUCGGUCGACUCGCGCGGCCGUCGCCGCCGCAGAAACAACAAGCAGCUCGCCCAGGCUGGCGGCUUGUCCAACCCUGCUGUGCUGCCCCGUCUGGCUGACACCAAGCCUGUGAGGCUUCAGCUUGGGCUUAACCUUGACGUGGAGGUUGAGCUGAAGGCUAGGCUGCAGGGUGAUGUCUCGUUGACACUGCUGUAA